CAGCAUUCUUUCUUACAUUGAAAGAUAUACCGUAAGCUCUUAUACAAUGAAGCGCAGAAUCACAUACAUCACCGCCUCUGACGCCCCAUUUGACCCCCCUAAACAAGCUAUCCUGAGCAAGGAAAGCUUGUCAAUACGGAAUCUCGAUGCCGCGAAGGAAGAGCGAUUCACCUUUGGAUCAGCAGAGUUGCCAGCUGGGUUAUCGCAGCUUUUGGAAACGACGCAUGAGUUCCAUAUUCGAUGGGCGACGGAGCGAUAUUACGAUACAGUUGCGCCUUUCCUAAGCAGAGUGUCGCCGGGUCUGCACGUGUAUUACACAUCACUAGACGGUGAUAAAGUGGAGGAUGACUCGCAGUUGUGUCCAUUGCUGAAGGAUUUAUUUGGACAAGAUAUCAAGUGCUGGUCCCUUCAGGAAUCGUUCACCCAACCCCCUAUCUUAUCAACGAGAUUUUCGUCGGCGGCUUCACUUCAAUAUCAUACCACCCUUCCUUCAAUAAGACAUUUCACCGAAAAAAUACAACAUCAAAUAUGCAGUUCGAAAGACACUGCAUGUAUCGAUAGCAUUUCAGAAUUGAUCUCCGCGGAUUCUGUGGACAUUGACUAUGACGCGAUAUCACACACCUUGGUUAUCUCGGCUUUUUGGUCUCAGCCACCACCUGGCGAGAGCGGGUGGGCAGAUCUUAUAACAAAGUCCGCCAAUUCGGCAUCGCAGAAAAUAGAGAUUGGCUUGUUAACGAGUGAAAAAGCCGUCGACGCAGAGGACCUUACACUUGGAGGAUAUCUCGCUGUGGUGGGAGAGAACAAGGAACUCAAACCAACCUUAUUUUCAUUCCCAUCUCGACAUCACCCCCUUCCAGACGAUGCAACCUACACUACGAAAUUCGAGACACCUACAGGCCUACAUCCGACCUUGAAGAUCUCGCUAUCCCCAUCAGCAGUGGUACGACCAUCGGCACCUGAGGACGCCAUGUGCGCACUACACACCUACUUAACACUCCCGUCUUUUAUUUUCGCCGAUAAAUAUCAAUUGUCUACAACAGACGAGCUUUUCCUUAAUUCUCACAAUCUCGUUGCGUUGAGGGCGAUAUCUGGUGAAACCGACCUCGAAGCGCCUGACUGGGUUCUUCCUCAGUGGGGCUCUAAUCUACUUCUUGAACUUGCUCACCCUACAGAUACAAGUCACAGCUGGGAUGUCACUAUUCCAUUGCAUCUCCGAUAUCUGAAGCCAUCCCAAAGCGGGUUUCAAUCAGCUCCUCUCUCAUGGCCUGUCGUGUUUUGGGCCUGCACGGCCGAAGACGGGACGAAGAUGGGAAUCAACCCCUUUGACCGGGUAAAUUUAGGCUACGAGGGACUAUUUGGCCCGAAGACGAUGUUCUUCCAACUUCAUCCCGGACAUUACAACAACUCCGACUCGCGGCGUGAGAGACGGCUUGUGGAGGAGAUUUCGGUACCAGUGCUGCAGACGGCUGAGGGUGACAUGCUAGUGCGUGGAAAGACAGCUCGCCAGCUCGAGCUGGGCACGCUCAUUGCCAUUGUCUUGGGGUUUGUCUGGGUGCUGUGGAAGCUAGGUUCUGUCGUCAAGUCCUCUGCUUUCGACAGCGCAGGGCCACGUGACGCUCCAAAGAAGAAGCGUACAUAGCGUGUCGUGAUAGAGUUGUAUAAUGUCCACCGCCUUUCUGCUCUGAGACUAGAAAUGGCCAGAAAUAGCCAGCCAGGUAGUAACAAGUUCACAGCAAGUGCAGUACUGGAAUUUGAUAACAGUAAAAGGGUUGACUGUUUGAUACGGUGAGUCAGCAGCAAUUCCCGAAUCGGCAGCGCGCAUGUGGGGACGCUAAUCCCGCCGAGUAAUCCGGCAGUCCUGAUUGGCCCGAUGCGUGCUGUGACGCCAGAGAGCGGUGAGCUGCUUAUCUGCCUGGGUCCGUUGCCGGCCACGAAAAAAUUCGAACCUGCC